AUGUCCAAUCCAAAUGUGCUGAUAGUUGGAAGUGGCGGAUUGGGAUCGGAAGUCGUAAAAAUACUGAAGAUACUGAAGUGCAGUGUCACUGUAAUAGACUACGAUACUAUUGAAACAAGUAAUCUAAAUAGACAGUUUUAUUUUCAAAAGGAAGAUGCAGGCAAAUUCAAAGCAAAGGUUGUUGCCGAAAAAACAAAUUCAAAAUACAUAAUAGGCAAAAUAGAAGACACUAGUUCUUCAUUUCUAGGCUCCUUUGACGUUAUUUUUUCUUGUUUAGACAGUGUGUCAUCCAGAAUGCAGAUGAAUUAUUCAUUUUCUCACUCGAAAUGUAAAAUGAUGGUGGAUUGUGGUGUUGAGGGACUAAAAGCGCAUGCUAAAAGAGUAACAAGGGCCACCUCUUGUCUAUAUUGCAUAAGAGAUUUUUACAGUGAUGAGAAUGCUCCAUUUAUCUGCAGCUUAAAGAAACUAAACCAAAAAAUAACGGCUGAAAAUCGAAAUCAGGUACUAAAGUCUAUAAUCUUUCAGAAAAAAGAACAAAUCCAUGUGGAGAACAAUCACAGUGACCCAAAAUAUGAAGAGAUAUACGAAGAGAUUGUCGAUAGAUUCAACUUAAAUGCCUCAGAUGAUCUUAAAACAUCAUUAUUUGAAGUUAAAGGCAUGUUUGAAAACAUAAUUCCCAAUGUGUGCACAAUAAAUUCAAUAUGUGCAAAUCUUGCAGUGCUUUUGGCAUUUAACGCUAUAAAAGACGACUUUGUUUAUUUUGAUGGAUCAUCGGGCAUUUUUACAAAUGCGAUAGAGAUUGAAAAGGAUCCAACAUGUUUUGUGUGUAAUCUACAGCACUGA